CGGCUCGCAGCGCAUCGCAAGGAGAGGAGGGAGGAUGCUGCUUAGUGAGGUGAUCAAGACCUUCGUCGAGAGCGUGGUGAGGAAGAGAAAGAACAACAUGCUCUGCUUCCGGCAUCCAUCUGCUUGUGGUGUGUGUGUGCGCCAUGCAGGUGUUUCUGUUGUUUUUGGUGUUUGCCCCGGCGGCGGUGGGCAAGUAUGCAGCCAAGCACCCCGAGCUGGGCCUCGGCGCACUCGAACCUGCAGUCGAAGUGAGUGGACGAAGAGAGGACUCUCGCACAGCAGCGGUUUUUGCAUCGUGUGCGUGUUGUUUGCUCUGUGCAGACGUACCUGGUGAUCUUCACCUGCAUUGUGCUCUGGAACGAGGUGCUGACGAGGGGGAAUGACUUUGACGUGGCGGCCGUCAUUGUCAAGAAUGCUGUGGGGCUCAAGCCGGCAGGUGCGUGUGGGAUGGAUGGAUGGAUGGAUGGUCAGACAGACAGACAGGCAGAGAGCAAGGCAGACACAGAGAGAGAAGAGGCCAGCUGCAGAUCUUCCUGUGCCGCUGAGUUCUCCUUUGCUCAGGUGCCGCAUUGGAGUGCUGCGCCGUGAUCUCGUUGGCCGGUGCGGCAGUAGGUGUGUUGGGGCUCUAUCUGCCUGAGGUCUUCCCCAACCUCCCCACGAUUGACGACGAGUCGCCCUUUUGGCUGUCCUUCUUGCUCGAGGCCUUCUGCAACUUCAUCCACACCGGCAUGAUCUGCGUCGCCUUCGUGUGCGCCAAGGACGUCCCCGCCACCCGGUUCCUGCAGAUGGCGGCAACGGCCAUGAUUAUUGUCAGCGCACAGCCCUUCAUCGGGGGCGGCCCGCUGCUGAACGUAAGAAGGAUAUGGCAAGCCGGCGCGGGGCGCACAGAGAGAGUUGGGAGAGGAAGGUUUACACAAGCAAGCACAGUUGCAGGCUCUCGUCUGUCUGUCUGGCUGGCUGCAGGUGGGUCUUGCGAUCACAUCUGCGCUCAAGAACCUCCAUCCGCUGAGCGGUGUGGUGCAUGUCAGCGGCGAUCUAGCCGGUGCCUUCCUGGCGGUGAGCGUCUUCACACCACGGAGGAAGGGGCAGGUGGCCGCCGAGGGGGAGGCAGAGCCGGAGGCCAAGAAAGAAAAGUGACUGACGGGCUGACUGGCUGCAUGGCCGGUGUUGUGUUGUCUUGUGUGUGUGCAUGCGUGUACGAUAGACAGAUAGACAGACAAGACGGUCAGACAGCGGUUGCCGUCAAUUGUAUGGGUUUUUUGUCACUCUUGUGCGAAACAAUGAAGCAGGCAGGCACAUGUCUGUAGCCAGACGGCGUCUCGCUCCUUCCUUGGCUGUUGGAGUUGAUCCCCAUGCCGAGGGCAGCUGCCACGGACGACAGCUGCUUUUUGCGUGCGGUGAGAUGGCCUCAACCAGGGGGAGCAGACGUUUGGACGGACAGUCGGACGAACGGGCGGAUAGAUGGAUGGAUGGAUGAAUGACGUGGGGUGAGUGAGAGUCUUCUGGAUUCA